CAUGUUCGUCUGCGAUAAAGGACGACAUUCUUGAGUUCGGGAUCAUCGUGACAUAUGGCACUGGCUGCUCAUUCGAAAUGGUGAUUUUGUGAGUCUGCAGUCAGAACGCAAAGACUAACUCCCAAAACCGGCAGCUAGCUACGAGCGCUGAUUGGUGGAAAAAGUUUUGCCGUUUUAUACGGUAGUAAUUAAGUUGUCGCCAGUUCAGCCGUAAUAUAAAUUACCAAUUUAUUGAUAUCUCGCUAGUCGCAUGUCGCGCCUGGUUGCAAAGCGUUCAUCAUUCAACCAAAGUCAUUGAGGCAUAAUUCGUGCAAUAUCUUAAAACAAAAAAUGGAGGAAUUACAGUUGCAGCUACAGACAAAUAUCUGGGAUAGACCAUCACGUAGCACUAGUAUCGACAACGUUAGCAGAUCAUAUCCAAAGGAUCGGGAAUUGCCCGCAUUGACGCCAAAAGACGUAGAGCAUGACCAUGAUGAUGAUGAUGAUGACGGUGUUGAUGAACAGUCGAGUGCCACUCCCAAUGUCAAAAUAGAUGCAGCAAUAGCAGAAGAGUUAGAGACUCAUUUCAGCAACGGGUUGAACAAUGUUUCAACAACAAAAAACAAACGAGAAGUGCUGGAGAUAUCAAAAAGAACAGGGGUGUCUGCUUCACAUAUUAAGAGGUGGAUCCAUAACAGAAAGAGAAAGGGGAAGCCAAGGAGCAGUGGAAGUGUUACUCAAUGCCCAAGAGCCUAUGAUGCUUAUUUGAGUACUGCAUUUAAAGGAUUGUCAGGGGAGGAGAAAGAAAAGGCUAUGAAGCAAGCACCUGUAGAGUGGAAGAGACUGUCUAAGGACAAAGUUGUGGUGGCAAAAUACAAAAAACUAGCCGAACAGCAAGCCAAAGAAAAAAUGGAGAACUUGUCUGACAAGCAAAGAGCAAACAUCGCCAAGAAGCUAAUGGAUAAGGCAAACAAAAUUAUCAAGGACUUUGAAGAACUUGGAUAUGCAUGCGCAAUCAUAGCAUCUGAUGGUGAGAGGGUUCUGGAAGGAUACUCCUCAAAGAUACAAGCAACAACUCAAAAACAGAUGGGAAACCUGAUGCUAAAUGAAAUUUUCAGUGGGACAAGAGAUGAAAAACAAGAAUGUCUUGACAGGGAUAGUCUCCGCACAAAGGUUACAAACAUGCUCAACAAGAAGUAUGUUGAAGGAAUUCCAGGAUGCAAGAGGAGGACAGUGCCAUAUACAAAGAUGGACACUUUUUCUGUGGAGGGGUUGCCACAUGGGGUUGAGUUGAAAAGAACUUGCCUGUACGAUAAGAAGACACUGGUGUCAUUGAUGAAUAAUAUGUCUUCAAUAAAAUUCUCUGCAAAACAAGUUGUAGAGGAAGCCACCAAGGAAAAUGAAAUGGAUGUAGUUCAAGGUCAGGCCACUCAAGAGGCCACAAAUGAAGCCUCCCCUCUCUCACCAGAAGCAAUCCCCCUGGAAGACAUAGAUGAGAGUGACAGUGAUCAUGCCCCUCUUGCUGACUUCAAGUCCAUCAAGCAACCAAACAAGCCAGAUAAUUUGCCAUGCAAUACCAAUCCUCCAGUUAUCCCUGUUAUCACUCAUUCUGUUACCCCUGCGGCUAUCCCUGUCAAGUCUAGCAACGUUCGGCAAGGCAAUGAUGCUCUGAAGCAAAAGAAAAAAUCAAAAAGAACAAAAAUGAAAAGAAAAGGUAAUGUAAUAAUGAGGUUGAAAGUAAAAUACUUUCAAUUAAAUUCAAUGGAAUCAGCAUUACUGGUCUGUUUGAAUCGCAAAAUUAAAUUAUCCAUAAAGUGAGUCAUUUCAUCCCAGGUCAUCAAUUUCCUGUAGGAUAGAUCAUACAACAUAUAUUUCUUAUGACUACAAAAUUUAUAUCAGACUUGACGAAAGCUAAAUACACAUAUUUAUAUACCCCUUACCAUGCUGUUCUUAUAUUAUUUUGAUGCAAAGCACAGUCCCAUUAAUGAUGCUGAUUUUAGAAAUAAUUGACUGAUCAAGGACUAUCUUUUAUUCAACAGAAAAAAUGUAUUACGUUGAAAAGCUUCUGGCUAAAAAUGGAAACAGGUAUAAAGUACAAUGGAGAGGGUUUCCUCUGUCAGCGGCAACAUGGGAACCUAGUGAGAACCUGCCCAAGGCGCUAGUGGACAGUUUUCAACCCAAGGAAAAUCCUUAAUAAUCACAUGAUUCUGUCGCUGAUUUGAUAUACUUCUAUAAUUUGAUCAUUAUCAAUGAUUUCAUUUCCUUCCAGCAAAAGAUAUAUGAGUCUGGUUUUCUAUUUUUUCUGACACACCCAGUAUUUCCUGUAAAAAAAUAAAACAAUGAAAGAACUCUGCAUUAUUUGCAGAAAAGAAACCUUUUUGUACAUGAUCUCACUUUUCCUUCCAAAUGAUUGUUUACAUUUGGUCCUUACAUUGCCAAUAUAUUGAUAACAUACAAAAUACUGGCAUCGGUUUCACUCCUUUUCCUCAAAAAUAGAUAAGCUUUUAAAAAAUCACCUCAGAAUUUGAAUAUGAAUUUUAAAAAUUACAAAACUGGCAUAUUCAAAUUCAAAGUGAUUUCCAUAUCUCAUUAGAAAAAGACUAGUACACAUUUAUAUAUGUAGAUAGAUAUAGCCUAUACAAAAAUCAAACAUUAAAAUGAAACAUUUAAAGGCCUAUCAUGGUUUUUGCAAAGGUUAUUGCACUAUAUGUAUAUAAUAACCUAAGAAUAAACACACACACGCAAUUCAGAUAUAUUGUAGAAAAACAAAAAGACGACCAGACCCAUCCCAACAAAAAAGGAGCUGGAAAGGAAUAUUUGAUAAUUUCAUUCUAGGCAGGCCUAGAUAUUUCUUAAUGUUUUUUAAUCAAGGUUGGGCAUAUGUCAAUUUUGGGGGCAUUUUGUUCCAUAACUUUGUACCGGCAUAAUUACGGUUCUUCAAAAUUUACAAUAUAGCAUUAUCAAUCGAAAAGACUUGACCGGUUGCAAAUUAACAUAAAUUUUUGAUACAAACAAAACAAUUUUCUAAGAAAAUUGGAAGUUUGUGUUUUUAUAAUCAAAUAAAUAAAAUAAAUAAUUUGAAUGAAUAGAGAAAAAUGCAAACAAGGACCACGCUGAAAAUCUAAUCUAAAUCGGAUGUAAAAUAAGAAAGUUAUGACAUUUCAAAGAUUAUUUUAUUUUUGCAGAGCAGUUAUAUGUACAACUGAGAGAUAUUGUAAUGAAAUGAAAAGUUUAUUUAAUGUUCAGCAUGGUUUCGUAACAAUGAAGAGCGUAGAAUAAUUUUUAAUCCAUGUAUAUAGGGGCAAAGGGAAAUUCAGUAAUUGUUUGUAAUCAUUUAUGUAUUUUCUUUAAAAUGUAUUUAAGCACUAUUUACUGAGAAAUUAUGAUGUUUACAGCUGUAUGAUUAUGUUAGAUAUUUAUCUCUAAUUGUUCUUAACAGUUCCCGUAUGAAUAGUAGUGAUAAUUACCAUCACUGUUGUUGAAAAAUAUUUGAAAAGAUUAAAUUUUA